AUGCAGUACCCAAAAAUCCCCCAGCCCUUGACUGGCAAUACUCUCCCCACCCUCCCUACCCAGCACGCCCUCCUCCCCUGCCCAAAUACCCAGAGCACCUCUCGCCCUGCCAAACCCCUUGGUUACCAGGACACACGAUGCCAGUACGCCCGGAACUUCAGCCUGCAACCCGGAAGAUCUAGGGCAAAUCUAGGGCAGGGAGAGAUCGAGAAAGGGCAGGCCAAACAUCCCAAGGGUGCCCCUAGAGCAGGGCUCAGGGGCGGGGAGCCCAGGGGGCGGACCAGCCAUGUCUCAUGGACCUACUACGAGUGUGAGCCCCGGGCUGGCCAGCAGGCACUCGAGUUCUCAGGGGCCCGAGCGGGGCCUGGGGAGCUGGGGGACAUGUGUGAGCAUGAAGCCUCCAUCGACCUCUCUGCUUACAUCGAGUCUGGGGAGGAGCAGCUCCUCUCUGACCUCUUCGCUGUGAAGCCUGCACCGGAGGCCCGAGGCCUCAAGGGCCCUGGAACCCCCGCCUUCCCUCACUACCUGCCACCUGACCCUCGGCCCUUUGCCUACCCCCCACAUACCUUCGGCCCAGACAGGAAGGCCUUGGGGCCUGGAAUCUACAGCAGCCCAGGGAGCUACGACCCCAGGGCCGUGGCUGUGAAGGAGGAGCCUCGGGGGCCCGAGGGCAGCCGAGGGGCCAGCCGUAGCAGCUACAACCCGUUGCAGUACCAAGUGGCACACUGCGGGCAGACAGCCAUGCACCUGCCCCCGGCCCUGGCAGCACCCAGCCAGCCCCUGCGUGUCCUCAAGGCACCUUUGGCUGCUGCUGCAGCCCCCUGUAGCCCCCUUCUCAAGGCAUCCUCUCCCGCUGGCCCUUCGCACAAGGGCAAGAAGGCAGUGAACAAAGACAGCCUGGAGUACAGGCUGCGGCGGGAGCGGAACAACAUUGCCGUGCGUAAGAGUCGGGACAAGGCCAAGAGGCGCAUUCUGGAGACACAGCAAAAGGUGCUGGAGUACAUGGCAGAAAAUGAGCGCCUCCGAAGCCGCGUGGAGCAGCUGACCCAGGAGCUGGACACCCUUCGCAACCUCUUCCGCCAGAUCCCUGAGGCCGCCAACCUCAUCAAGGGUGUGGGGGGCUGCAGCUGAGCCCUGCUGGUAGACUGUGGGUACCUGGAGAUCCCUGCUGGGGUCCUAGAACCCCUCACAGGCCAAGCCUGAGACAUGGACUGUGGACAAAUGGCAGUGGGUGGCAAGGGAGGAGGGCAGACCUCAGCAUAUGAUUCUACAGCUGAAUAAAAUUGCACUGUGACUCA